ACAAAGUUCUGCAAGAAGAAUCCGUCCACCGGUGGACGGAUUACCCGCCAACGUUGGCGAAAAGGUUCCGUCUACCGGUGGUCGGAAUACUGGAAAAAGUUUUGCAAGAGGAAUCCGUCCACCGGUGGACGGAUUGCCUGAAAAUCUUGGCGAGAAGGUGCACAAAGUUCUGCAAGAAGAAUCCGUCCACCGGUGGACGGAUUACCCGCCAACGUUGGCGAAAAGGUUCUGUUCACCGGUGGACGGAAUACUGGACACAGUUUUGCGAGAUUGUUGCAAGUUCUGCAGGAAUGGUCGCUCCACCGGUAGAUGGAUUGCCUGCCAAAGUUGGCAGGACGAACCGGACCAACUUUGGACAGUUUUGCAAAGGACAUUAUAAUAUUUUGUUUACUUUUUCCGGCAGAACCAAGUGGCCAGUGUGGAAGCGGAAUGGAAGGGACUCGAUUCUGUUCUACACGUAAUAUUGACCACAGGAUAAGAACAUUCAAAUCUCGAUCAUUUUGGACACGAACGGAGAUGAUCUGUUGCGGAGUCGUCGUUCCUCGUUCUUCUGGCAGUCCGACUCGACGUUGUCCAUCAGACAACCAACUUAUACGAAACGACGAAAUCCAGCAAGAACCGAGCUGCAGGAAAAUGUGGCACGAACGGCCAUCCUACUCGUUAGAAACGGGCUCUAUCAUUGUCACCGAUCUCGGCAGACGGCGGCGGCAACGAUCAACUCCUCCACGGGCUUCCCGGCGGCCGGUGACCAACGACACGCUUAUGUGCAAGUUGCAGUUCUACGACGACGAGGAGACCAGCACGUAGUCGCUGCACAAGUUUUCCGAGACGUAGGCCUGCCUGACCGGAUCGAUGAAUACACGAAGCUGUAGAAAAGCUGGAGAAAAGUGAACAACGUCAUUGCCGCCCUGUGUAAAUUUUGGUACUGGAACGUAAUCCUUGACCUCGAUAUCGCUGCACCACUCUACGCGAAGCAGCAUGCUGGAACCAGGAGAGAUCGUAACCAUUUUCCCCAAGGAACCAAAUUUUGGUCCUGGAACGUAAUCCUUGACCUCGAUAUCGCUGCACCACCCUACGCGAAGCAGCCUGCUGGAACCAGGAGAGAUCGUAACCAUUUUCCCCAAGGAAUCAACAUUGAUUACCGUGACAAACUAUCUUGCACGAAGCUUUGUUUUAUAAAAUAUGAACCUGUCAUUUUAUUUUUGUAAUUAUUAUCAAAUAAUUCAAUAAAAAUGCCGUUUA